CACACACAAAAUUUCUGAUUUUAUUUUGGUGGACUAGUGGUUUCAAAGUUUCCAUAUAUGGCUUCAAUUCAAUUCCUCUAUCUCUUCUCACAGUUGUAACUUUCCUUCCUCAUCUUGUCUCACUUCAGUGUAGCAGACGGAGGAAUUGAGAAGAUGAAGAUCUGCGCGCUGUGCAAAGGCAUGGCGAGGCUCUAUUGCGAUUCCGAUCAAGCGAAUCUGUGCUGGAGCUGCGACGCCCAGGUCCACUCGGCGAACUUUCUGGUGGCGCGGCACUCCCGCCGCCUGCUCUGCCACGGCUGCCAGUCCCCCACGCCCUGGUCGGCUUCCGGUUCCAAUCUCGGAUCUACUGUUUCGUCGUGCGAGAGAUGCUCUCGAGGCGGAGAUAGAAGCGGCGCUGAGGCGGGAGAUGAGUGCGAGGACGAUAACGGCGAGGAAGAUCAGGAGGAGGAAGGCGAUGACGAGGAAAUGGAGGCCGAAGAGGAGGAAGAAGAGGCGGAUUUGGAUGAUGUUCAGGUGGUUCCGUGGUCAUCCACGGCGCCGCAUCCGCCGCCGGCGGAUACUUCAUCGAGCAGCGAUGACUCGUUUUCAGAUCUUGAUCAUCGGGACAGUCGCCGCCGUUCAUCCUCCCCGCCGGCGGCUCACAGGAACGGCAUUGACUUGAACGAAGAGAUUUCAACGGGGCGACCGGCGAAGCUGCAAAGGACAGACGCUACCCGAACGGGUCGGGUCGAAAGAUCCGAUACGAGAUUCUCGCUUACAGUUGACGCGCUAGCGCGAUUCCAUCGGCCGGGAAGUCCUGGAGAUCGCACUACCGUAAAUUUCGACUUCUCUGAAAGUUCGUAGCCGCUGGGGGCCCCACUGGGUUUAACAGCCAUUCUCCAUCACCAAUUAUAUAUGUCCUGUAUCUUUUUAAAUAUUUUUUGUUUCUUCACUUUUUUUUUUGUUUUACAAUAAUCCGAUUUACACACCAUUUAGCGGUGUAUUCAAUCCUGAUUUUAUAAGAUUCUGAUAGAUUGUUUAGAAUCUGUUGAUUCUUUAAAGUCCAUGGAUUAUUUAGAGUUUAUGCAGAGUUAGGUGGAUUUUACUGGAUUUU